AUGGAUUCAAACAGUACGCACAACCCUGUGUUCAUGGUAUUACCUCCAGAAGUCACUAUCCCCGAAUUUCAUCAGUCACAGGAACCUACAGCCACAACUGAUGAGUCUGCCAUGCCUUUUCCUAAAUUACUUACUACAAAAAUAAAAAUCUGUGGGGCUAUCCAGAUCCUGCUUGGACUGAUGAACUUUUCUUUCGGAGUUGUUUUCGUUUUCACCUUUGUAGAUCCAUACCCAAGGUUUCCCUUUAUAUUUGUUACAGGAUACCCAUUCUGGAGCUCCAUUUUGUUCAUUUAUUCUGGAGCCUGCCUAAUUGCAUUGGAAAGAAAAGGCACAGAAACUCUGGUGAGGAUAAGCCGAACAAUGAAUUGUUUUAGCGUCCUGGCAGCAACAUUUGGAAUCCUUCUCCUUGCAUUUGGUUUCAUUGUAGAUCGAGGCUACCUUUGUGGCUAUUCUGGAGAAGUUAGUCCGUGUAAGGCUGUUAACACCCUAUUCCUUGGAAUUUUGACCAUGCUGAUGGUCUUCAGCAUUCUUGAGUUACUCAUUGCUAUGUCUUUCUCGCUUUUGAGUAGACAGUUUGACUGCUGUGACUGUGAGGAAUGGUGUUGA